CGCGGGGGCGGCGCCGCGCAGCGCGCAGGCGCGGGCCGGGCCGCCAUGGCGGCGGCGCCCGAGGCCUUCCUGGUGCCGCCUCCGCCGCCUCCGCCCCCCGCGGCCCCUCAGAGACCCCCCGAGACCCCCCGGCCCCGCAACGGCCUCCGCGCCGCCGGGGGCGGGGGCGGGAAGCGGCGCAGCAGCUGCGGGGCCAAGCAGCCGGCGUGGAAGCGGCGGCGCCGCGCGGCCUCGGAGUGCGGUCCGGUGCUGCCCUCGGAGUUCCUGCUCGGCGGGAACAUCUUCGACCCGCUCAACCUCAACAGCCUCCUGGACGAGGAGGUGAGCCGGGCGCUCAACGCGCGCACCCCGCAGUCCUCGCCGCUGCCGGCGCGGGGCCGGGACCCCGUGGAGAUCCUGGUGCCGAGGGACAUCACGGACCCGCUGAGCCUCAACGCGCCCGGCGACGACGGGCCCGAGGUGCGGCUGGCGAGCCCCGCCAAGAGCGGCCGGAGGAGGCACCGGCACCGCGGGCAGCAGCGGGCCAACAGCGCCAGGAACAGCGCCAGCAGCACCGGGAAUAACGGCGGCGGCGCCGGGAGCAAUGUCGGCGGCGCCGGGAAUAACGCCGGCGGUAACGGCCCCGAGGAGCCCCCCGAGCCCGGCCCCACCGGCCGCCACCGCAAGCGCCGACGGACUUGCAGCAAAUCCGAGGGGCCGCGCCCGCCGCCCCCCCCUCCCGCCCAAAACCACGAGAAGCCCCCGCAGGAGAAACCGCAGGAGAAAGCGGGGAAGCCCCCGGGGAAGGCGCCGCGGCGCCAGGAGCGCAAAUUCCAGUACGGGAACUACUGCAAGUACUACGGGUACCGCAACCCCGACGUGGAGGACUCGCGGCUGCGGGCGCUGCGCCCCGAGUGGUUCGCGGGCAAGGAGGUGCUGGACGUGGGGUGCAACGUGGGGCACCUCACCCUGAGCAUCGCCAAGCGCUGGGGGCCCAGCAGGGUCGUGGGGCUGGACAUUGACGGGCGGCUCGUGCGCUCGGCGCGGCAGAACAUCCGCCACUACCUGUCCGAGGGGCUCGGGGAAGGGCAGGGAGGGGAGAGGAGGGGGUUUCCAGCCGCGCUCUUGGCCAGCCGGGGCCCCAUCGCGGCCCCGCAGCUCCCCCCGGACGGGCCCGGGGCCGCCGAGUUCCCGCACAACGUGGUGUUCGUCACGGGUAACUACGUGCCGGAGCGGGAGGAGCUGGUGCAGGCUCAGCGCCCCGAGUUCGACGUGGUGCUGCUGCUCUCGCUCACCAAGUGGGUGCAGCUCAACUGGGGGGACGAGGGGCUCAAGCGGCUCUUCCGAAGGGCCUUCAGGCACCUGCGCCCGGGGGGGCUCCUGGUGCUCGAGCCCCAGCCCUGGGGGUCCUACCGCAAGCGCAAGGGGCUCACCGAGACGACGUUCCGGAAUUACCAACGGAUCCGGCUGCGGCCGGAGCAGUUCCCGGCCUACCUGACCUCCCCCGAGGUGGGCUUCGAGCGCUGCGAGCUCCUGGGGACCCCCCAGCACAGCUCCAAAGGCUUCCAGAGGCCGAUUUAUCUCUUCCACAAGGGACAAGGCGACGCCCCCUGAGCCCCCCUGGGACCCCCCCGGGUUUGGGGGGGCCCUGAUGCUGCCGGGGGGGGUUUGGGGGGGGUCACUCCCCUCCC